CUGUUUCCCGUUUGCAAUUCAAAUAUGACUGAGUUUCCCGACCUAAAUAUAAAUGAGAAAAUACAUUAUAAGUAAAUAUAAAGUGUACGCAUUUCCCGUAAAUUGUUUGAUUUUCUAUCUUCAAAGCCCCAUUGACAAAUAUAUGUAAGCAAUAGCAACAUAACGAUACCGAAUUCAUAAAUGCAGCUGUGUGAGUGUUUGGAGUCAGGAAUGAUUCGAUGAUCAGUCGGAAGUGAGUUGAACGUCGACUGACUGAUGUGUUGUGCGUGUAUCCAGCGUUUUAACCUGUCGCUUUGUGGCUACGUUGGCAAUUGGGGCUUGGUUUGUCGCUGUACUCAUGGAAGUAGGAGAGCAGCAAAUGAAACCAACCAGGACAGCGCUGGUGACACGAGUGGAAAGCUUCAACGCUGCUCAUCGCCUCCAUAGUAAUUACUUGAGUGAUGAAGAGAAUAAGAGAAUUUUUGGAAAAUGCAACAACCCGAAUGGUCAUGGUCAUAACUACAAAGUGGAAGUUACAGUACGUGGCGAGGUCAAUCCACUCACCGGGAUGGUGAUCAACAUCACAGAGCUCAAGGAGCACAUGCAGGAAGCCAUAAUGAAACCACUUGACCAUAAGAAUCUGGACAAAGAUGUUCCAUACUUUGCCAAUGUUGUUAGCACUACAGAAAACGUAGCUAUCUUCAUCUGGGAUAACCUACAGAAAUACCUUCCAGCAAACCUACUGUAUGAAGUAAAGGUGUACGAAACAGACAAGAACAUUGUGGUUUACCGUGGGGAGUAGGUAAUUCCCUUCAGUUCUUGCAGUAUUGUGAUCUCCUCACACUGGCAUCUUGUUCAACUAUGAAUUCUGAUGGACCUGAUUACUCUUCCACACAAUGACACCAAUGUGAAUUGUCACCACUACAGAAUGUUAAAUUCUGUUAACCUGCCAAAAUAGCUCCCCCACAAACUACAACAGGUACUUCCCCCAUUUACUUCAGCAUCCAGAAAAAUCCAAAAGUGCUUCAUUUUGGUAUCUAAUUGCUCUUCGAGGUUUCCACUACUCUUCCAAGAUGUUCAUUCCACAUGUUCACUUUGUGUAUGAUGACAUGUUUAAGAACCUGAUAGCAAUCCGAGGUUUACCUUUGGUUAUUGAAAUGAUCUUCCUUGUCCUUGUGGUGUGAAUUGUCAUAAAGCAACAAUAGUGCGUGUGUGUCACAAUUAGCUAGUCCAUGGGACCAAUAACUUUGCAGUGACAAAUCUGAGAUCACACUGAUACUUGGCACUCUGUCAUUUUGAUGCAGCUAAAAAGAAAGGAUGAGAAAAUCUAGGAAAUUAAAGUUCUGGACUGAUGAAGUCAAUAUUUUCAAUGUCAUUGCAAAUGGGGUUUACUUGUCAGAACUGUAAACUAGACAGAACUUUGACCAAUGUUCACAGAUAUCUUUGUCCAUGUCACAGUAAAAGCCCCAGUAGGUCAGGCAGCAUCUAGGGAACAGGAGAAUCGACGU